AUGGAGGCAGCGCGCACCGAGCGCCCCGCAGGCUGGCCCGGGGCGCCUCUCGCCCGGACGGGGCUCCUGCUCCUGUCGACGUGGGUCCUGGCCGGCGCCGAGAUCACUUGGGGCGCGACGGGCGGUCCCGGGCGCCCCGAGGCCCCUGCGUCGCGGCCGCCGGCGCUGCUUCCUCUCUUCCCGCGGGCAGUGGCAAGCCAGUGGCCAGAGGAGCUGGCGACGGCGCGGAGAGGCGCCGCACUGGGGCGCCGGCCCGGCCCGGAGCCGCUGUCCCAGCCAGGCGGCGGCAGCGGCAGCGGCGGAAAGAAGCAGGGAGAAGGCGGGGGACCGUCGCCUGCAGGCGCGCGGUGGGGACAAGGCACCCCGGCUCCGGGCAAGCCUGCCGGCGCGAGGAGGAGUCGCCGGGCGCAGCCCCCCAGUGCCCUGGAACGCGGGGACGCCCGGGCCUCUGCCUUGUCCGAUGGUGCCAAAGGAAGCCGCCCUCCGGCCAAGGGUCUCCGGGAGGAGGUGAAGGCGCCGCGGGCCGGGGGGGCGGCGGCCGAGGAGCUCCGGCUGCCCAGCACCUCGUUCGCGCUGACCGGGGACUCGGCCCACAAUCAAGCCAUGGUGCACUGGUCCGGACACAACAGCAGCGUUAUACUUAUCCUGACGAAGCUGUACGACUUCAACCUGGGGAGCGUGACUGAGAGCUCACUCUGGAGAUCAACAGACUAUGGCACCACCUAUGAAAAGCUGAAUGACAAAGUAGGUUUGAAGACUGUCCUCAGUUAUCUCUACGUCAAUCCCACCAACAAAAGGAAGAUCAUGCUUCUUAGUGAUCCUGAAAUGGAGAGCAGCUUACUGAUCAGCUCAGAUGAGGGGGCCACCUAUCAGAAGUACCGGCUCACCUUCUACAUCCAGAGUCUGCUCUUCCAUCCCAAGCAGGAAGACUGGGUGCUGGCCUACAGUCUGGAUCAAAAGCUGUACAGCUCCAUGGACUUUGGAAGACGGUGGCAACUCGUGCAUGAACGCAUCACACCCAACAGGUUUUACUGGUCGGUGGCCGGAUUGGAUAAGGAGGCGGACCUGGUGCACAUGGAGGUGCGGACUGCAGAUGGAUAUGCUCACUACCUCACCUGCAGGAUCCAGGAAUGUGCUGAGACCACUCGGAGUGGGCCUUUUGUCCGCUCCAUUGACAUCAGUUCCCUGGUUGUUCAGGAUGAAUAUAUCUUCAUUCAGGUGACAACUGGUGGAAGAGCCAGCUACUACGUGUCCUAUCGAAGAGAGGCCUUUGCCCAGAUAAAGCUGCCCAAGUACUCACUGCCCAAGGACAUGCACAUCAUCAGUACUGAUGAGAACCAAGUGUUUGCAGCCGUCCAAGAAUGGAACCAGAAUGACACGUACAACCUCUACAUCUCAGACACGCGUGGCAUCUACUUCACCCUGGCCAUGGAGAACAUUAAGAGUAGCCGAGGUCUAAUGGGAAACAUUAUUAUUGAAUUGUAUGAGGUAGCAGGUAUCAAAGGGAUAUUCUUGGCAAACAAGAAGGUGGAUGAGCAAGUGAAGACAUACAUCACUUACAACAAGGGCAGAGAUUGGCGCCUACUUCAAGCUCCAGAUGUGGACCUGAGAGGAAGUCCGGUACACUGCCUGCUGCCCUUCUGCUCCUUACACCUGCACUUGGAGAUCUCUGAAAAUCCGUAUUCCUCAGGAAGAAUCUCCAGUAAGGAGACAGCCCCGGGGCUUGUGGUGGCUACAGGCAACAUUGGCCCGGAGCUCUCAUAUACUGAUAUUGGUGUGUUCAUCUCUUCUGAUGGGGGCAACACAUGGCGACAGAUCUUUGAUGAAGAGUACAAUGUCUGGUUCCUAGACUGGGGUGGCGCCCUCGUGGCCAUGAAACACACACCUCUGCCAGUCAGGCAUUUGUGGGUGAGUUUUGACGAGGGCCACUCCUGGGACAAGUAUGGUUUCACUUCGGUUCCUCUCUUUGUUGACGGGGCUCUGGUGGAGGCGGGAGUGGAGACCCAAAUCAUGACAGUUUUCGGCCACUUCAGCCUCCGUUCUGAAUGGCAGUUGGUGAAAGUGGACUACAAAUCUAUCUUCAGCCGACACUGCACCAAGGAAGACUAUCAGACCUGGCACCUGCUCAAUCAGGGGGAGCCUUGCGUCAUGGGAGAAAGAAAAAUAUUCAAGAAACGCAAGCCAGGAGCUCAGUGUGCCCUAGGUCGAGAUUCCUCAGGGACAGUGGUUUCAGAGCCCUGUGUCUGUGCUGACUGGGACUUUGAAUGUGACUACGGCUAUGAGAGACACGGAGAGAGCCAGUGUGUCCCAGCUUUCUGGUACAACCCAGCAACCCCAUCAAAGGACUGCAGCCUUGGUCAAAGCUACCUUAACAGCACUGGGUACCGGAGAAUUGUAUCUAACAACUGCACGGACGGGCUGAGGGAGAAGUACACGGCCAAGGCCCAGAUGUGUCCCGGAAAAGCCCCUCGAGGCCUGCAUGUGGUGACAACCGACGGGCGCCUAGUAGCAGAGCAGGGGCAUAAUGCGACCUUCAUCAUUCUCAUGGAGGAGGGUGAUCUCCAAAGGACAAACAUCCAGCUUGACUUUGGGGAUGGGAUUGCAGUGUCCUAUGCUAACUUCAGCCCCAUCGAGGAUGGCAUCAAGCACGUGUACAAGAGUGCGGGCAUCUUCCAGGUGACGGCCUAUGCAGAGAACAACCUGGGCUCAGACACAGCUGUCCUCUUCCUGCACGUGGUUUGUCCCGUGGAGCAUGUUCAUCUCCGAGUUCCAUUUGUUGCUAUAAGAAAUAAGGAGGUCAACAUCAGUGCGGUUGUGUGGCCCAGUCAACUGGGGACCCUCACCUAUUUCUGGUGGUUUGGCAAUAGCACAAAGCCCCUCAUCACCCUGGAUAGCAGCAUUUCCUUCACUUUCCUGGCAGAGGGAACCAACAGCAUCACUGUCCAGGUGGCUGCUGGAAAUGCCCUUAUUCAGGACACAAAAGAUAUCGCUGUUCAUGAAUACUUCCAGUCCCAACUGUUGUCCUUCUCUCCAAACCUGGAUUACCACAACCCUGACAUUCCUGAGUGGAGGCAAGAUAUUGGCAAUGUCAUCAAGAGAGCUCUGGUUAAAGUAACCGGUGUCCCGGAAGACCAGAUCCUAGUUGCCGUGUUCCCUGGUCUCCCCACUUCGGCAGAGCUCUUCAUCCUUCCCCCCAAGAACUUGACGGAGAGGAGGAAAGGCAAUGAAGAGGACCUGGAACAAAUUGUAGAGAUGCUGUUUAAUGCUCUAAACCAAAACUUGGUUCAGUUCGAGCUGAAGCCAGGGGUUCAAGUCAUUGUGUAUGUCACACAACUGACAUUAGCUCCAUUGGUGGACUCCAGUGCCGGGCACAGCAGCUCAGCCAUGCUUAUGCUCUUGUCAGUGGUGUUUGUCGGCCUGGCUGUAUUUUUGAUCUACAAGUUUAAAAGGAAAAUCCCCUGGAUUAACAUCUAUGCUCAAGUCCAACACGACAAGGAGCAGGAGAUGAUUGGGUCAGUGAGCCAAAGUGAAAACGCCCCCAAAAUCACACUCAGUGACUUCACCGAGCCUGAGGAACUGCUGGACAAAGAGCUGGACACCCGGGUCAUAGGAGGCAUUGCCACCAUUGCAAACAGCGAAAGCACAAAGGAGAUCCCCAACUGCACUAGUGUUUAAUAUCCACAAGUCACGUGGUCAACCAUCUUUCUGACCUUAUUUUUGAUGAUUACUAUUACUCUUGUUAUGGAAAAAUGAAAAUGGCUUUUUUACCUUUUGUUUACCAAGGGCCCCUUCAUAAAGAGCAGGCAGAUGCUUAUUAGCUGUGGGAGGCAAAGGAGUUCUUAGCUGAUUAAAAUGAGACAAAAAGAAUAAAUGGCCGUAUUUGUGCGGAGGGCAAAGGAUGCAUCUUCCCGUGGCCUCCUUGGCUUUACUCUGCCGCUGACAGUGUGAGGACUCUUUUUACUGUGGUCUCCUUUGUCGUUUAUUUGCUUUUUGGGUUUUUUGUUUUUGUUUUUGUUAAGUUGGGUUGGCUUUUCAUUAACCUCCCAUGUCUUGCUUCCCACCCCCACAAUCACCAACACCCUCCACCCACCCCCAGCACACACCCCUAGAACACAAACCAUUCCCCAGUUAGAUCUGCAGGAGGUGGGUUGGUGGGGAGUGAAAGUAGCUGCAGAAAGCGUGCACAUCUUUACGAAAGAGGCCCUGCCUCGUGCAUGUCGAUAGCGAGGCUACAGGUGGCUUCUUGUAUAUAAUUACAGUGUAAAUAGCUUUUUAUUUCCUAAGAAAUAAUUUAAUGUUUAGUAAAAAAGAAAACCGAAAAAAGAAAGAUGCGUGUGUUGGCUUAUGCACUCACCGUCCGAGCUGACCAACCCCCAGGCCUGCUAGAUGUGUUGGGUUCUGGAUGCUCUCCAGUUGUCUGUCACACUUAACUCUUGAAUCUCUGUGUCCAUGCAUAGCUGGUUUCU